UUUUAUCAUUUAUUUCUGAAUUCUGAACUGACCUAACCUUUCGCUCUCCACGCUCUCGACCUCGUGUACUGUCUCUGGCUCUCGGCUUCGUUCCUGAGUCGUCUUCCUACUCUCUCGGUCUCUGGCUCUUGCUGACCCGCUCUCUGCCCUCUGCUGGCUCUCACUCGAUUGCUGACUUGCUUUAGACCUGUGUAGCAAGAAGGGGUGUUACAUAAUCUUGUAUUCAGAUCUCUAGAGUUUGUUUUGCCAUUUAAUAUCAGACCUGAAAAGUAUGGAUGCCGGAGAAGUAACAGACAACAACCCUGAUGAGAGAAAGAGACACAAGGGGAAGCAUGACAAGCCAAAGCCAUGGGACGAUGAGACCAUUGACCAUUGGAAGAUUGAAAAGUUUGACCCUUCUUGGAAUGAAGGGGGUUUGCUUGAAAUGAGCUCUUUCUCCACUCUCUUCCCUCAAUAUAGAGAGAAGUAUUUGCAAGAAGCUUGGCCUAUUGUUAAAGGUGCACUAAAAGAACAUGGGAUUUCAUGUGAGCUGGAUUUGGUUAAAGGAUCAAUGACUGUUUCUACAACGAGAAAGACAAAGGAUCCAUAUAUUAUAGUGAAAUCUCGGGAUUUGAUUAAGCUUUUGUCAAGAAGUGUCCCUGCACCUCAGGCAAUUAAGAUUCUAAAUGAUGAAAUGCAGUGUGAUAUCAUCAAGAUUGGUGGUUUGGUUCGAAAUAAGGAAAAAUUUGUCAAACGAAGGCAGCGGCUGGUGGGACCCAAUUCGUCCACUCUAAAGGCACUGGAGAUUUUGACUGGCUGCUAUAUUCUUGUUCAGGGAAACUCAGUAGCUUCCAUGGGUUCAUUUAAAGGCUUGAAACAAGUAAGGAGGAUAGUAGAAGAAUGCAUGUUGAAUAAAAUGCAUCCCUUAUAUAAUAUCAAAGUGCUCAUGAUGAGGAGAGAUCUUGCAAGUAACCCAGAACUUGCAAAUGAGAACUGGGAUAGGUUUCUUCCCAAAUUCAAAAAGAAAAAUGUCAAACAAAAGAAAGUUAAGAGCAAAGAGAAGAAAGAAUAUACUCCUUUCCCUCCUCCGCCACAACCAAGCAAGAUCGACAUGCAACUAGACAGUGGUGAAUACUUUUUAAGUGAUAAAAAGAAGUCUGCAAAGAAAUGGCAAGAAAGGCAGGAAAAACAGGCGGAAAAAACAGCUGAAAACAAGAGGAAGAGGGAAGAAGCGUUUAAGCCACCAGAGGAAGCACCAGUGCAAGAGAAGGGUAAAAACGAUAAGGAUGAUAUUGUUGCAAUGGCUACAUCCCUGAAGAACAAGGCAAAGGAGUUUGGGAAUAGAAAAUCUGGUGAUAAGAUUGAUGCUGAAAUGUAUAUUGCAACAUCAUCAUCAUCAGGUCAGCCAUCAAAUAAGAAGUUGAAAACCAAGAGCAAGAAGUGAUUGCUUCUUUUGAUCUUCAACUUUAAACAUUUUGAGGCAUUCAUGUGAGAGAAGAGAUCCAAUGUGUUACUGGAAAAAGAAAAAGAAAAUGAGGAAUGGAUAUUGGUGGAAUGAUUUUGGCACUCUGUUACUAUCUGGAAACAGUUAAAAAUCCAUCUUAUGUGAACAUUUUAAACUUCUUAAAUGGCCAAUUGCCGUAUUGGAUGUUACUUGAGCACAAAA